AUGACGUACAAGCCGGAAUCUUUCGAUGAGCUCGUGAGGGACGCCGUGAGGGCCGUGUCGGCGGCGAUUGAGGACGGGAAUAGGCGCCUGGAGGUCGAGUUCCCGCCCCUUCCCGGGAGCGUCGACCAGUACAAGGGGGCGUCCGAUGCUUACAUCGAUGCCAAUGCACAGCUUGCAUUGUCCGCUGCUCAGCUGCUUGCCGAUGCUGGCAAAAAGAUUCGAAUCCUGGUGCCUGAUGCAGCUGAACUCGAAAGGGCUUUGGAAAUGUACCAGUACACUCUUUCUGUGGUGGACAACGUCACCAUGGGCCACACCAGGGAAGGCAAGCCUGGAGUGUUUGGCUCAAUCUCGACUCUCCUUGGCGGCAAUGGCAGUGACGAUCAGCUCGCUGACGCCCAGGAUACAGACAUAUUCAUCGUGAUCAACCACAGCACGAUCGAGCUGGCUUCCAUUGAAGAGCACGUUGAACAAUUUGGACAGGGCAAGGUUGUAGUGCUCUGGAACCUAGAGUUAGACACAUUGCGGGCGGACCUGGGCCUGUUGGGUUUUCCCUCCAAAGACCUGCACUACCGAUUCCUGUGCCAGUUCAUGCCGGCCUUCUACCUGCGGCAGCGGGACUAUGCCAAGACUGUCGCUGUGGCGCCCUUCGUCAUCAACUACAGUGGGGCGCUGUUUCGAGAGUACCCUGGUCCCUGGCAGGUCAUGCUGAAACAAGACGAUGGGACAUAUGCAUGCAUCGCGGAAGAAAAAGGGAGGUACAACCUGGGAGAGGCGAAGGAGGAGCUGAUGGCGGCCAUGGGGCUCAACACAGAGGCACCGGGCUCCACGAUGGCCUUCCUGCGGCGUGGGUACAAGAGGUCCACUUGGUGGGAGGAUGGCGCUGACAAGGAGGAAUCUGCAGCCUGGAGGUCGUGA